AAUUUGCAUGUGCAGCUGACCUCAACAUUUCUGUUGUUGUUUUUGGUGGCCUUGAUUCUGUGACGACCGAAAACAGUGACAACAAAACACCAAACUUUUUUCAUGUCUUGUUUUUUGACACUGGCAUCUACGUAUCGUGUCUAACAAUCUUGUAUUGCAGCCGCCCUUGACAAACAGACAUCAUUGAGGUGAAUACAAUAGGGUCAGCCGGAUGGCUGCUACUGUUAAUGAAGAUAUCAUGGCGGCCACAAUUGAAAAGAAUGUGGCAACAAUGGAUGAACUUGGUAUUGAUAGCGACGAAGAACACAGCCAGGAUGCUAACUGGAAUAGUGGCAAGAAAAUGGACCAAUGGGAAGACAUCGAUUUAACUCAGAAAGAAGUCUCGAUGGAUAGAAAGCCAUUUCAGCUUGGAGAGCUGCACACAUUGAAAGACUUUGCCAGGAAGCAAUUCAGACCCCUGGGUAAGAAAGGCAAGUUAUGGAAACAGCAGGACGAAGAAAAUUUAUGGAGUUUUAGCCAAGAGAAUUUAAAAGAACCCUUGUUGAAGAAAUCACUGAUCAAUCAAGACCUGGCAAAACUGGCUGUUACUAGUUUCACCAUGAUAUUAAAAUAUAUGAAUGAAGUGAGAAAGACUAAAGCCUGUACAGAUGUGACAGAUCAGAUAUUUAGACCAGCUAUUGUAUAUGAACCACUGCGGGAUGAAACUUAUUGUCAAAUUAUCAAACAACUCACCAAUAACCAGGACAGAGCGUAUGAGGAAAGAUGCUGGGAGCUAAUGUGGUUAGUGACAGGGCUCUUUGUCUGCAGCCAAGGACUACUGCCGGAAGUUAUAAAGUUCCUACAAUCAAGACAUAAAAUUGAUGCCGCUUCACAGAGUUAUCGUCGAUUGCAGAUGACAUUACAAAAUGGAAACCGCAAACAGCCACCACAUAUCUAUGAGAUUGAAGCAGUGCAAAAUAAAAGAGACGAAAUUUUACACGAGGUGCUCUUCCCAAAUGGCCAUAUUGAGUUUUUCACUGUCAGUUCUUGUACAAAAGUUAUUGAUAUGCAUCAGAACAUCGUGGGCAAGUUGAAACUGGUCUGUAAAGAGGGACUAAGUCUAUUUAUAACAUUUUCUGACAAAGUGCUCAGUUGUCCCGACAAUGAGUUCUUUUUCGACUUUAUACGGACCGCUAUGGAUUGGAACAGAGCCAUGAAUCCCAAAGAUGCAGGCAAAUUUGGCAGUUAUCAGAUCUAUUUUAUGAGAAAGUUGUGGCUGAAUGUUGUCCCUGGUAAAGAUGUAAAUGCGGACUACAUCUUUCAUUAUCAUCAGGAACUACCCAAAUUACUUAAAGGCUACCAUAAAUGCACAAAGAAAGAAGCAAGUGAUUUGGCAGCUUUACAGUACAGAGUUAGAUAUGGUGAUAAUAAAGCAGCAUUUCAAAGUUUGCAUAACAAUGUGAAUGAAUACAUACCACAAGAUAUCAUUGCACAACAGAAUGCAGAAUGCUGGAGAAAGGAUAUUGAGUCUGCUUACGAUGGUCAGAAGACAAUGACGCGAGUACAAGCCAAGGUUGCUUUCAUGAAAAUUAUUUAUAAAUGGCCAACUUAUGGAUCAGUCUUCUUCGAAGUCAAACAAACUUCACAGUCACAGCUGCCGGAAGUGUUGCUAGUAGCCAUCAACAAACGUGGAGUUAUUCUUUACAAUAUCAAGACCAAAGCAAUGCUGUCCAGUUAUCCCUUCUCCCGAAUAUCAACUUGGAGUAGUGGUCAUAAUUUCUUUCACAUUACGUUUGGAAAUCUUGUGAAAGGGAUGAAAAUGUCUUGCAGUACGCCACUGGGUUACAGAAUGGAUGAUCUGAUUACAUCAUAUAUAAGUCAUCAAAUGAAGAAAGAUGGAAGAGCAUGGCCUCAUCGUAGAUAA